AUGUCUUCGCCUUCACUCCUGGACAUGGAGCCGCGCAACCGGCUCCCGACUCUCUUUGAAGUUCUCAGUCGUCGGACUCUGGCUCCUGUCGAUCUCUUUUCUUUCUACAUUUAUAUGCGGGACCAGCAGCGCUCGGUGGAUUAUUUGGACUUUUGGCUUGAUGUUUCCCAGCACAUGUCCUUGUGCCGCCACUAUGUCCGAGAAUUGCGUCGCUCCGUUCUCGUAGCAACUCCCGACCUCGAAAAAACACAUAGCAAGAGUUCUUCCGCGGUUCUGGACAAUCUGGAGAACUUGGGUGAUAUUCCGCUCGUGGAAGCUGGGCCGUCAGGUACGCGCAACGAACCAGAUGACAAGGACGCGGAUUUGCGACUGUCGGCCUUUUUGCGCUCGGAUGGCCAUACGUCUGGACACUCGCCCCAAAGCAGCAUUGAUUCUCCGUCUGAACGAACCCCAUCAAACGAAGAGCCGCCCCGUGAAAGCUCCGGAACACGUAACGACUCCCACUCGAACUCUCCCGGCCACACAGUAGCGCGUGCGGAUAUCCGCGCCAGUGCGGAAAAGAUCCUGUACACCUAUUUGAUCCCCGGUUCGGAACGAGAAAUUGUUUUGCCAGAGGAUAUGGUGCACGGCAUCAUCAAUUUGGUUGAGGAUGAUGGCAGAGAUGAUCCCGAAGUGUUUGAUCCCGCCAAGGAUUAUGUCUUCCAAGCAAUGGAGCGAGAUGCUUUCCCAGGAUUUUUGCAGGCAAAGGCCUUGGGUAAUUUGGUUCCGUUGACGAUCAUUGCACGUCUAGCUUUUGCUUUAAUUAGCUUUGGUGGCGGCUUUUGGGGAGCUUUCUACGUCAUCCUCCGGGAUAAGCCAAGACACAUUCGCUGCUGGUUGAUCUUGCCCUUUGCGGUCGCAUCUUACUUCAUCUCUUCGUAUCAAUACAAGAUCGAUCCGUUUAUGGCAUUCAUGGGCUACAGUGAAUACACAUUCAUGAAUUGGGCGCCAAUUCGCGAAAACUAUGUCCGAGCGCUCCUGGUCAAACGUGCCACUGCGACCAUGUUUAUCGGCUUUUUCGUCGCUGCUGCUUUGAGCAUCUUGUUCAUCUUCGUUCCUGGAACCUAUUUCUAA